AUGCCCACCGCGCGUCUUCCAUAUCUUCCCGAUGGGGCUGCGCGAACCCACCGCCAGCGGCCACGUCGGAAUCGGACUAAGAAUCGCGGCGUUGGAGUCAAACCCAACGCACCUCCUGAGGUACGGGCACAUCAGGAGCAGGUUGGUGAUCCCCCAACCGGGCUCAUACCCAACGCACCUCCUGAGGUACAGGCACAUCAGGAGCAGCUUUCAUUCCCUCCUGGAGUGGAUGCCUUCGAAGAUGCACUACAUGGAAGCGAAGAAGAACUCAAUGAGCUGGCACGGCAAGCUCUCAAGGAGGUAGAGGACAUGGCAAUGCAGGGCAAUCUAGCACAGCCAAAAGUUGCAACAGCCAUGGCUAUCAACAACGUUAUCUAUCUCUCUUCGUCUCUCAAGAGUGGCCCAAUCUUGUUCGCUCGUUGUUCGAGACAGCUCUGCAAGACAAAAAUUGCGUCCCUGACAAAGAUAUUGCGUCAAUGCGGGGAGCAGGGAAGCGGAUUCCAUAUGCACGACGGUUCAUGCGGAGAGACAACAGUCAUGAUCCAGUACUUCUUGGAUAAUCCGGAAGCAGAAAACUUCAAAGGCGCCAUAUUCACAACGUGCGGCAAGAAAGGUGUAAAACUUCCUUGCCCUUUACACCUCCAAUCGACAGCUCAAGACCCAGUAUCAUAUGGCUGCAGCCAUGUCGUAACCAUGGGAGGUGGACUGUGGACUAAAGCGGCAGACUUCAAAGAUUACUCAAUCAUUCCCAUGAGCAAACAGAACUUGGAGAGCAGAGGUGGUCAGCCACAAAAGCCAUGGGAGUGCGUAAAGGAGGUUGUCCGCAUUGAUCCCACUUACUUCAAGUAG